AUGGUCGACUCAUGGAGUACGGCAUCUACUUCUUCAGCGGACUCAGCACUGCCGGUUCAAGAUGCCCAAACACUCACUUCACUUAAUCUCUUGAGGGAAUUACCACUCGAGUUUCCGGAAUGGGAUCUUUCAACCGUUCUGACCACAAAGAUUAAUUCUACUUUUACAUGUUUCUCGAGGCUUCCAUUAGAGUUGCGUUUAGCAAUAUGGGAAAAAACUGUUCAGCCCCGUAUAGUGUUAAUCGAAGAAGAUACAUCCGGCGACAGAAACACCGCAUUUAGAUCGCGUACGAGUUUGCCUGUUGCUCUUUCGGCUUGUAAAGAGUCACGCAACGCAACGCUGCCCUCUUACCCACUGUGUUUUGGCUCUGUAUGGUAUCCACCGACAAUAAGGUUCAAUCUAUCCCUCGACACUCUUUUCAUUGCACAGCCAGGCGAUCUUUCCAAACUUUUUGGUAUCAUGAGAGACAAAGAGUUAGAUAGCAUCCGUCAUAUUGCUUUCAGUGGGCAACAUGCAUUAUUCUUGGAUGCACCAUCAUACAGGCAAGGGUUUCAGCGCGCUUUUAAGUCUCUUUCCAGCUUGAGAGAACUACUCAUUGUUUACUUCAUACAUGACCAUGACGAACAAUACUGUCAAGCGUUGUCUGGCACCAGAAUCUAUGACGACUUACCGAAGGAUGAAUAUAUACACAAUAGAGGAACGCUUUUGCGCCGGUUUAAAGAAGAUGACUGGGAGUUUGCCAUGUCGGAGGCUUAUAGUUGCCGACGCGUUUAUGGAAAAGGGUCAUGUGAUUGUGCCUAUGGUGGCGGGCUGAGGGCGGCAAACCAGAGCAUCACCGAUUCUGUGAUCAGCGAUGAUGAUAUGGUCGAUAAUAUGGUUGAUGGUAUGAUCGCUGAUAUGGAGGAUGAUAUGCAGGCUUACGGACCGAUAUAUUCCCAUGAUUGGACAAGCAACUAUUUGUUGCAAUUGGCUUAUGAUGGGGACGAUGGCGAUGAUUAUGGAUUCUAG